AUGCGAAAGAGCAAGAAGUUCACGUGGGGAAAUUUUUGGGCGCGUUUGAGUUAUCGAAUGAAGACGUUGGCCUUUGGUCAGUCAAAACGUCUAGGCCAUCUUCCAAGGCAAGGGCGAAAGGCGACAGGUCAAAUAGCACCUCAGGCAUCAAGGAAUACUGCCUCAACCUCCAGAAAUCCAUUGGGUAUCUGGAAUCAAUUUGGAAGUCUUUUUCCCUGGACUCAAGGUCAUACGCGCCAGCACUUCGGACCUGCAUGUCGUUUGCCGGAUUUAUUCGAAAGGAAGGAUCGGAUCUACCUCGAUUUGUACACAAAACGACUGCAAUGGAUCUCUCCGCCUCCUUUAUAUCAUCAUGACCUCUUACAUGCCGCUGUAAGGGUCGGUCACAUCGAAGCACGCACCGGCUACAACUUCAAGAACAAAUUCCUAUGUAUAGAAGCCUUGAAGAACACCGGGAAGAAUUGGCCAUUGUACUACAAAGGCGUGGUCGUUGAAAUUGACCGUAACAAUCGUCUCGCUCUUCUGGGGGACCGUGUCCUUGGCCUGGCUCUUUGUGAAAUAUGGUUUCACAGUGGACAUUCAACAGGCAACUAUAGUGUUAUGAACAGUUUCAUAGAGACACGAGCGGCGCUUAACGUCACAGGACGUGCGAUGAAGCUGCAUCAAGAUAUAUUGUUACAACAUGAGCUAGCAGUGCCAGCGAACAGCCACGUGGCCGAGGCAUUUGAAGCCAUCAUUGGUGCCAUUUACGUGGACUCGGGCCAUAAUGUUCCAGCCGUAAAGGAAGUUCUCAAGCACCUUGGAAUUGACAACCAUGAGUUCUUACAGACCGUAGACUCAGAAUUAGCACGCGCCCAAGAGAAAAAGGAACUCAAACAGGACAUUGCACGCUUUAAAUUCCAAAAGCGGGAGAUAACUCGUGCCGCAUUGCGCCGUCAAAAGGGCAAGCGUGAGCGAACGAUGGAUCGCUACAAAAAAGACUCCGAACAGAGCCAUGCAGAACCCCAAAGCUUGUCUCGAGCGGCAGAAGUUUUCGAGAAUGAAGCCAUUGCCAAUGCGGAAAAGCAGAUAGCCAGGCAACUGUCUGCCACACUGAAGGGAAAGCAAUUAGACCCACAACGUACGCAGGGAGAUCGCCUGCCACCAACGUUUCCGAAUCAAACGGACCUGAACGAACCUCCAUCGGCGCCGCCGCCGCAACUCACGGCUACUGUAUUACAACAGGUGACUCAGAGUCAACUAGAGUGUGAAGUUGUUAGAGAAGCGCCAAAGAAAGACAGGCCCAAAGAGCCCAGCCUGCAAGAGAGAACCAACGACCGGAAACGAGAGGUAGAGCAAUUUCUGACGGACAUGCCAUCUAAUCUGACGGACGCGGAGAGAGGAAUAGCAUGGGGGAAGGCUCGGAAGGCUUGGAAAAAAACGCGAAAGGCUUCGAAAAAAACGAAGCAGGCGUCUAAUGGUGACCGCGAUUCUUUAUUUGCCAUUUAUGGCGCGCAACUGCGCGCUGCCGCGGAGAAGAAAGAGGCAGCAGUGCAGAAGACGAAGAGUACACGACAGCAUACUAAGAAAGGGAAAGAGAACCCCCAAGCAGCACACGCUAUUAUACCAUCAGAGCAGGCGAAUGCAUCUGUUGUAGGCGGGCCGACGGGAGAACAAUAUGUUAAUGACACGAAUGCAGGGUCAAAAGAUCAAGCGCAAACUUUGGACAGCCUUCCCGAAACAACAAAGGCUUCUUCAGUCCAUGAUCGGCCUCCUGAUACUCCGGAAGCAGCAGCUGAACAUCAGGGGCAGGGAGCGAUCAAGCAAGCAAACGCUGAAGAGGAAGAGUGGUCGCCCGAGUCGAAAUUUGCUUCAAGGAAAAGGAAAGCGCGCAUGCGAAAAGAGGCAGACGAGAUGGCGCGGGCCGCUGAACAAGCUUCCAGUAAAUGCGAAGAGAGUCAGAAACUCCAUGCGAGAGACACCACUGCUUUAAAGAGCAAAUUUCAAAAGGAACUCGAAGAAUCAGACCGUAGUCUAUCUUCGUCGACCCCAAAAGCUGUACACACCUAUCCUGAAUCCGAGAUGGACAUGUUCUUGGAUAACGUGGCUGGAGGCAAGCAAGUAUUCCCAGACACGACUCAACAGAAGACCAACCUUCCUGCCGCACAAAUCCCACAUACAGCUACAGACAGCCAUACUGCGGUAGUCGAGACGGGAGCAACAAAGCAAGCUGUUGAACCCAAGACCGGGAGCACAGAAUUGGGCAAAGCCACGAAUCCUGCACCUGUGCAGGAUGUGCAGCCCAGUGCGGCCAACAAGGGAACACUUGAGUCAGAAAGCAAUGGCUCUUUUUCGAUGUUACAGUCUGCAAAUUUGGUGUGUAAAGCAGAAGACGAUGGCUCUAUGUCUGGCUUCGAGACAGGCAAAGCUACAACCGAUCCCGCGGUCGCAUCCAACAUCAUCAGCACUAUUACAUACAUUCCACCAACGCACAACAACGAGUCCAUGUCAUCCUUGACUACAUAUAUACCACCAAACUUGACUAGGGAAUCGUUGUCACGCUUCACUCCAUUCAUACCACCAACCUCAACCAAAUGGUUACCGACCUCAACCGCCUUCACACCAUCACCAUACCCAUCACCAAAAUCCUCCCCUGCCAUCAGGCUUUGGGAAGACUGGGAAGCAGUCGAGGCGGACUUACGGACUAUAAUGAAAGUUGUGGAGAAAGAGAAGGAGACCAAGGACGAAAAGACAGCGGAGAAGGAAACCGAAGACGAAAAGGCAGUAGACGAUGAUGACAAGGAGGAAAAGGAGCUGAAGCAUCAGCUACGCAAGAUAGCGCGGCACCGCCAAAAAUGCAGCAGCAAGCUGAGAACGAAGCAGGCCACGGAUGAAGUAGCCAAGACAGAAGAGAUACUGGCUACCAUUGAAGCCAAGGGAGCUAGAGCAGCCCAGGUCGACACCGAGGACGUAAAAGCAGCAGACGAUGAAGAGGAGGAGGAGGAGAGGAUGGCGCUGAAACGCAAGUUACGCAGAAUCAUGCGACGCCGCCGAGAACGCUACCGCAAGCUGGAAACAAAGCCGGCCCCGAACGAAGCUGCAAAGGCAGAAGAGAUACUGGCUGCCAUGGAAGCCCUGGGUGCCAAAGCAGCCCAGAUGGAUAAGAGAGAGACAGACGACAAGGCGCACAAGCCAGCGCGGGAUUCGGAAGUGCUGGAGCGGUAA